GUCACUAGUAGCCGAGCUGUACUCAUGUUCUUUUUCCAGAACGGAAAUAACUUGACAAAUGAACAGAAACUUCAGCUCUUAAUCCGGGUGAAGGCGGAAAACCAUAUGAGAAGUGUUAAUGUAACGUAAUAAGUUCGGAGUCGAUAUGUUAACGCGACAGAUUUUGCUAAAGGAGACGAGGCAGAUGGAAAGUUUUGUUCGGGAUAAAAUCAGGUUUUUAUCAAGAACUAAUAACACCACAAUAAUCCUAUAGUAUCUUACAACACCAUAAGUGGUUUUGUAUAUAUAUAUAUAUAUAAGCUAAGAAAGCCACUUUCAUGAUUAGUGAUUCCAAGCCGACCUGAUGUUAAAAAUGACAAAAACACUAUAACCCGAGCGCUUUCGAAAAGUGGACUUUUCUUCUUCAGGGGCAAAUUGGGAAUGUUGGUAUUUUAGACAAGGAUUUGGAUUAAGUGUUGCCGUGUGAUAAAGAAACCCCUCUUUAUUCUAGAGUAGAAAUUGAGUUAUUUGUAUGUUCUUCGUGCUCACGUGAUACGGGUUUUGUACGCACGAUCGUGUGUUAUCUUUGUAUCGAAACACACUUGUUUUUAGGUCCAACUAACUUUUCAUCUAAUAUACACGAAAAACGUGUUUGUAGUGACUGUUCAGACCAUACUAUACCACUAAAGCGACUGAGAGGACCGCGUGGUCAAUGUUCGGGCUGACGGACUCUGGACUUCAGCCUCGAGGCCCAACGGCCACCUUAAAGGAGGAAGCUCUAUGCGCUGCGCAGAUCGGGACGAUGAGGAACGAAUGGAUUCAACCGACAGCCAUUGAUCAAAGUGCAGGAAGUGUUGGUUUAGGACGUGCCCACCUUGAGAAGCAGCCUCCGUCCAACUUACGAAAAAGCAAUUUUUUUCAUUUUGUGGUAUCGUUAUAUGACAAGACAGGGCAGCCUGUAGAGGUAGAGCGUACCUCUUUCGUCGGCUUUAUAGAAAAGGAUCAGGAGCCUGACGGUCAAAAAACAAACAACGGAGUACACUAUAGGCUUCAGUUGAUGUACACCAACGGUGUUCGACAGGAGCAGGAUAUUUACCUUCGACUUAUUGAUUCUGUCACAAAAGAGCCUAUUGCAUAUGAAGGUCAAGAUAAGAAUCCAGAGAUGAGAAGGGUCCUCCUUACGCACGAGGUCAUGUGCAGCCGUUGCUGUGAGAAGAAAAGCUGUGGCAACAGGAAUGAAACACCGUCGGAUCCAGUACUUAUUGACAGGUAA